AAUUGAAGUGUCUGUAGUUUGGUUGACUUCUCUCGCCGGCUCGCACUUUCCCGUCCUCCUCCAUCAACGGCUUCCAUCUUCUUCCACCGUUAGUUUGGUUGCCGCCUCGCAGUUUCCCAUCCUCCUCCAUCAACGGCUUCCAUCUUCUUCCACCGUUAGCUCCUUCACCUCGAGAAUCAAUCAAGCAAUGGAUACUGAAGCAGCAACGGAGAUCAAGCCUAAGAAUGAAUUUCCAUCCAAGCAACUUGAUAGCAGGAGUCCCAGCUGGCUAACCAGGCUCUUCAAUUUACUUCCAUUGUUCACCUUUAUCUUCCUCACAGUCAAUGCUGUGGAGUCUGCUUAUCACUCACGUCAUGACCCUUCAGCACUGGUCUUCUCGGCAUUUAUUUACUCAGACUUACUGCUGCUCUUUGCUUGCCUUAAGAUGUUUGACAAUCUUGGCCCGGAUUCCCCACCGAAGAGGAAGGGGCAGCUGAAGCUGGCAGUGUGGGUCCUUGCUGCUGGUCUCAAUGUUGCCUUUGCAUGGCGUGUGGCAGCGGUGAUGCCACUGCCACUAUCUGUCAUGCUAUGGCUAAUGUCUGGGGUAGUCACUGUAGGUGGAUUUUUUGGAUUGUUUAUCUACCGGGAGGAUGGCCCUGUUCCUGCUUACGCUCAUGUCAAAAGCACCCAGCUUACUCCUGCCGAAAAUGCUUGAGAUGGAUUGACUGCUCAGUUAACGUCAAUCAGCAUUACCUAUGUAUGAAAUAAACAAUGUGGUUCAUGUGUUGUGGUUUAUGUGUAGUGCAGACCCACUGCUCGGUAUUUGGUGUGUGAAAUAAACAGUAUAUGUGGUGCAGAUCAACUAGUGGCCACCUGAAAUCUGAAUACUCUAUUCUAUGGAUUAUUGUAUGAAAAUAGGUUCAACACUUAUUAAAUGCUUGUUCCACGUCCUUCAUCUACA